CCGCCCGCCCUCCAUAAAGGCCCGGGCCGCGGGGCGCCGCCCAGCGCGGGAGCCGCACGCCUGCCCGGUCCUGGGUUCCCCCGCGCGGCCCACCAUGGGAGGCGCCCGCCGCGGCGGCCUUCUCGUCCCACACGUGCUGGGUGUCUUGCUGAUUCUGUCGGAAGCUGGAGGCGGGCAGUGGGCCUCUGCCUCCGCAGCCUCUGCCCCUCCAGGCUGUGCUCCCUGGUGCCCUCGGAACUCCGUAUGUGUCAAUGCCGCCACCUGUCGCUGCCAUUCGGGAUUCAGCUCCUGGUCUGGGGAGAUCAUCACCAGCCCUGCAGACAGUUGUGACGACAUCAACGAGUGUGGACCACCCUUGGCGGUGUCCUGUGGAAAAUUCGCGGAUUGCCAGAACGUGGAUGGGAGCUACUACUGCACAUGUAGCCCAGGAUAUGGGCUCGUUUCUGGGGCAGCAACGUUCAGAAACGAGAGUGAGAACACGUGUCAAGAUGUGGACGAAUGUCAGCAGAAACCCAGAAUCUGUAAAGGCCGCAGUGUCUGCAUCAACACCCUGGGCAGCUACACCUGCACGUGCCCGCCCGGCUUGGAGCUCAACCCGAAGGACCCGAAUCUGUGCACAGAUGUGAACGAAUGUGCCUUGGGGCACAAUCCCUGCCACAACUCCACCCACUGCCUCAACGUCGUGGGCAGCUACAAGUGCCGCUGCCGCCCUGGCUGGAAGCCGGUUCCUGGGUCCCCCGAAGGCCCAGACAGCACCGUCUGUGCAGAUGUCGACGAGUGCAGCUCCAGUCAGCAUCCAUGUCACAACUCCACCGCCUGUGUCAACACCGUGGGCUCAUACAGGUGCCGCUGCCGCCGAGGGUGGACACCCCUGCCGGGGCUCCGGGACAACCAAAACACCACUGUGUGCGAAGAGAUGUCCUUCCCCACCUGGACUCCGCCCCCUGGAAUCCAGAGCCAGCGUCUCUCAGGCUUCUUUGAAAGAGUCCAGGAUCUGCGCAGACGCUUCACACCAGCCUCGGCCCAGGACACCGUCCAGGACCUCAUCCAGUCAGUGGAUGAGCUGCUGAAAGCCCCCGGGGACCUGGAGACCCUGGCCCUGCCUGACCGGCACCACAUGGUCACCCACCUGCUCUCGGGCCUGGAAGAAGUCCUGAGGACCCUCGCCAAGGCCAUGCCUGGAGCCUCCUUCACCUACCAGUCUCCUGAAGGCACAGAGCUGUCCCUGGUGAUCCAGGAGCAGGGGCAUGGGAACGUCACCCUGGGCCAGAGCCACGCACGGAUGCUCCUGGACUGGGCUGUGGCGGCCGGGGCUGCGGGGUCGGGCCCCGCCGUGGCAGGCAUCCUCUCCAACCCCAACAUGCAGAAACUGCUGGCCAACGCCUCCCUGCAGCUGGACCCGGAGAGGCAAGCCGAGCUGGAAGAGACCCACGAAAGCCCCCUCUAUGGCGUCCAGUUGAGUCUCCUCUCGGCCGUCAACUCGGUCUUUCUGAGCAACACGAACACGACGAAACUCGACCCCAAGGUCACCUUCGCCUUCUCCCACCCUCCAGAGAAGCCCGGGACACGGCAGGAGCUGAUCUGUGCCUUCUGGAAGGGAGCUGACGACGGGGGCGGGCACUGGGCCACCUCAGGGUGCCGGACGCUGGGCAGCCGGAACAACAGCACCACCUGCCAGUGCAGCCACCUCAGCAGCUUUGCCGUCCUGAUGGCCCACUACGAUGUGGAGGACGAGUUGCUGGCCCUGAUCACGACUGUGGGACUGGCGCUGUCGCUCGUCUGCCUGCUGCUGUGCAUUCUCACCUUCCUGCUGGUGCGGCCCAUCCAGGGCUCGCGUACUACCCUGCACCUGCACCUCUGCAUCUGCCUCUUCGUGGGCUCCGCCAUCUUCCUGGCGGGCAUCGACAACCAAGGCGGUGAGGUGGGGCUGCGCUGCCGCCUGGUGGCCGGGCUGCUGCACUACUGCUUCCUGGCCGCCUUCUGCUGGAUGGCCCUCGAGGGCCUGGAGCUCUACUUCCUCGUGGUGCGCGUGUUCCAGGGCCAGGGGCUGCGCACGCGCUGGCUCUGCCUCCUCGGCUACGGCGUGCCGCUGCUCAUCGUGGCCAUCUCGGCGGCCGCCAACAAGCAGGGCUACGGCCGCCCGCGCUACUGCUGGCUGGACCUGAGAGGCGGCUUCCUCUGGAGCUUCUUGGGCCCCGUGAUCGCCAUCAUCCUGGGCAACGCCGUCAUCUUCGUCACCACCGUCUGGAAGCUCACGCUCAAGUUUUCUGAGAUCAACCCGGACGUGAAGAAGCUGAAGAAGCUCAGGGUGCUGACCAUCACGGCCGUCGCCCAGCUCUUCGUGCUGGGCUGCACCUGGGUCUUCGGCCUGUUCAUGUUCGACCCGCGGAGCUGGAUGCUGUCCUAUGUCUUCUCUGUCCUCAACUGCCUGCAGGGCCUCUUCCUCUUCGUGCUGCACUGCCUGCUCAACAAGAAGGUGAGGGAGGAGUACCGGAAGUGGGCCUGCAUGGUCACCGGGAACAAGUACUCGGAGUUCACCACGUCCACGUCUGUCUCCAGCCAGAGUCAGACUCGGGCCCUCAGGUCUUCUGAGUCUGGCAUAUGAUGGAGCAUGUGACCAGGUAGUUCAAGCCAGGCCAGCAGCUCCUGCGGCCGCAGCAGCUUUUGCACAUGCCGAAGACUGUCCCCUCCUCUCCCGUCAUUCUGCUCAGCCUCCUGCCUCGGCCCCCAUGUGCGUGACGGAGGGGGGUCAACAGUUGCUGCCUGGCACCAAGCCCCAGAUGGCUCAGCCAGGGUGGAGAGUCCCACCUGCUGGGCCUGCUUCUGGCUGCCUCUCUGCUCCCCGCUGACUGACCGGGGCUCGGGGGCGGGGCGGGGCUGGCCCAGGGCCCAGACAGACAGGGCUCCCGUGCCUGCCUGGCCCUUUCCCCCGGUUGUCUUUGCUCCAGAACGAGAGGCCAGGGUGCUGGGGUUCAGCGCCCCUGUAAGCUAAGACUGAGGUCGGGGUGGGAGGAGGGCAGGGCCCCUCCCAGCCCCACUGCCCGAGGCUCACGGUACAGAGGCCCGUCUGCUCAUGGUGCAGAGGGUCCUCCUUGUUUGGACGGUUGUGGAUGGUGUGUAAUGUUUUUCUAUCUGUAUAAACCUUUCUAUGUUGACACUUAAAAUUAAAUAUCACACUGAUA